AUGCGGCUGCCGGCGAAAAUUGCGGCGAGAGCGCGGCAGGCGGCCGUCGCUAGCGCGGGGCGUGUCGGCGAGGCGGAGGACGGCCCGCGCGCCGCCCUUAGCGACGGCGGGCUCGCCGCCAGCGAGGGCCCCGCGAGCCCUCCUCGCAGCGACGGAGGGGUGCAGGGCCCCGCCUCGCCGCGGGAGCGGAUCAUCCCGACGAGCGACGUGCGCGACAAGGGGCCGAAGGUGUCGCCUCGCAAGGGGUCGGAGGAGCUGCGGCAGGCGGCCGCGCUGAGGCAUGCGCGCGCCGAGGCGCAGCGCGAGCGCCUGGCGGCUGAAGAGGAGGCGCAGGCGGCCGAGAAGCGGCUCGCCAUGGAGCGGCGCCUUGCGCGCGCAGAGGCUUCUCGCGGCGAGACGGUGUGCCGCGCGCGGGCGGAGAUCCGGAAGGUGGACGAGGUUGCCUUCAUCAACAAGGCCAGCGACGCCCCUCGGCUCGGAGGCCAACCCCCAGCGAACCCCAGCGAACCCCAGCGAAUCUCUCGGCUGCAGGCGUCGCGCCGCCGGGAGAUCGCUCUCGAGUCGCGCAAGGGCGAGCUCGCGACCGAGCAAGCGGCGCGCGCGCUCAAGGCGCGGGAGAGGGAGCUGAGCGCCAACGCGCGCCGGCUCGCGAUGGGCGGCAAGCAGCAGCCGCACGCCGCACGCAGCGCGUCGAGCCCGGUCGCUGGCCGCUUCGAGCACCGCGGCGCGUUCGGCGCCCUCCUUUGCGCGUCAGAGACGGACCAGACGGACGCCGAGGCCGACGCCGCUCCCACCGCGACCGACGAGGCUAGCGACGCGGUCCCGCAGGCGGCCGCAAAGGCCGGCACGAGCCGCGGCGGUGACGGCACGCUCAAGAAGGGCGCGCCGGCGGCUCCUCCGCCGCCCACGUUCGAGCCUGAGCCCGAGGUGGUGCACGCGCAGCGCGCGCGUCAAGAGAGGAUCAUGAAUCACGAGUCGCUCAUCACUCACAGGAGCGAGGACUUGGAGCCGCUCUGGUCGGUCGGCGGCGGAGGGCAGGGAGGGCACGGCGGGCGGCGGCUGGCGAGGCUUUGCGCGAGCCUCUCCGAGGCGGCGGCGACGCGCGCUCUGCUUGCGGCGGCCGCCCUGCCCUGCAACCGCGUGCACCUCCUCCUCCGGAGCCAUGUCGUGGCGGGCCUCGCAACUUGCACUCUCGCGAGCGCCGUCCAAGCUGCGCGGCCCGACGCUUGCGACGCCUCCGAGCCCGAGCCAGCCACGAGCGGCGAAGGGGGCGGGGACGUCUGCUUGCUGCCGGCGCUGCUGCGCUUGCUGCGGCUGCUCAUCACGCCGUUGCCGCCGGGGCUCGCCGUGCGGGGUGAGUUGCGGGCGGCGCUGUCGAAGCUGCGAGCGGACCUGGUGACGCUGCUGGUCGUGUCUGGCGGCAUGAAGUCGCUGCAGGAGCAUUGCGCGCGUCGCGCGGCGACGCUUGCCCAGGCGACGGCGCACGGCGCAUUGCUGCGGCAGUACGUCGCCUUGCUGCACGCGCUGCUCCUGCCGGUGCACGAGGACCCCGCGGGAGCCUCGUGCGCGUCGGUGUUCAAGGAGUUCCUCCGCUCGUCGUGCGUCUGCGGCUUGCCCGCCCUCGCUUGCGCCAUGCUCGUCGAGGCGUCGCAGCCCGGCGGCGGAGAGGUGGGGUCGCUGCUGCACGAGCUGCUGCUCGUGCUUGGCAUCUUCGUGCACGGCUCGCGCGCCAACGCGGAGCUGCUGCGGUGGAGGUGCGGCGAGCGGCCCACCAUGCUGCAGCGGCUCGUCUCGCUGCCCUUCCGCUACUGGUGCGUGCCGGCGCUGCGCCGCGUGCUGCUGCCGACAUUGCUGUGCGGCUGCCUGCACGACCCGACCAACACGCAGAUCCUGUCGGCCUCGCUCCACCCGGCGCACCUGGUCCGCUUCCUGCAGGAGGAGACGGAGUCGGCGGGCGACUCGCCGAGCGGCGCGACGCCCGCCGCAGUCCUCCUCCCCGACCCGUCGGAGCUGCCAAUCGUUAACAUGGACUAUGCGCUCUCGGCCCGGCUCCCGAGAGAGGAGUGGGCGGGCGCCAUCGCAUUCUUCUCUCGCCAGCCCGCGUCGCCAAGCUCCACGGCCAGCUCCCCGCCGGCGGCGCGCUCGGUCGACGGAGAGGACUGCCCAUCGGCCCUCUGUCUCGCGCAGCAGGCGGCCUGA